UAUGUACCAUAGAUUAUACACUUAAUUAACUACAUAAGUGUAUAUACCUACAUUUGUAAACGCCAGUUUUGCAGAUUGAAUGCUAUUGCAAUGUUUAUUCAUUAGGUAAUAUUAGUCCGUCCCAGAGAACUAAAAAUAUUAUUUUAGUAACUUUCAGGAUAUAAUUAGCAAAAUGCUAAAGUUUUUAACAAGAGGGCGUUCUUCAAGCAAAAGUAGAAACAAACAGGGGCAAAAAAAUACUAACAAUAAGAAUCUAAUACAAUGUAAAGUCUUGUUAUUGGAUGAUACUGAUUUAACUAUAAAUUUGUCCAAAAAAGCUAGUGCCGCUGAACUCUAUGAACAAGUUUUUUAUUCUUUAGAUUUAAUAGAGAAAGAUUAUUUUGGAUUACAAUUCACUGAUACAAAUAAUGUGAAACAUUGGCUUGAUCCUACUAAAACCAUAAAGAAACAGAUAAAGAUUGGCCCUCCUUAUACACUCAGACUUAGAGUUAAAUUUUAUUCUUCUGAGCCUAAUAAUCUUCGGGAAGAGUUGACUCGAUAUCAAUUCUUUUUACAACUCAAAAAAGAUUUACUAGAGAGUAGGUUACAAUGUCCUAAUACUACUGCUGUGGAAUUAGCUGCUUUAUCUUUGCAAUCUGAACUGGGGGAUUAUGAUGACACUGUACACACACCAGCAACAGUGUCAGAAUUUAGAUUUGUACCCAAUCAAAGUGAAGAAAUGGAAAUUGAAAUAUUAGAGGAAUUCAAAAAGUACAAAGGUCUCACUCCAGCUCAAGCUGAAGUCAAUUAUUUGAACAAAGCAAAAUGGCUUGAAAUGUAUGGUGUUGAUAUGCACAUUGUUCUUGGAAAGGAUGGGUGUGAGUAUCGCCUUGGCUUAACUCCUACUGGCAUUCUUGUAUUUGAAGCACAACAGACAAUUGGGCUCUUCUUUUGGCCCAAGAUAACAAAGCUAGACUUCAAGAAGAAGAAAUUAACUCUGAUAGUUGUAGAAGAUGAUGAUCAGGGACACGAACAAGAACAUACCUUUGUUUUUCGAUUACAUAAUGAAAAAGCUUGUAAACAUCUUUGGAAAUGUGCUGUUGAAUAUCACACAUUUUUCCGCCUAAGAGCACCAGUUAAAGGACCAUCAGCUCGUCAAAAUUUCUUCAGAAUGGGUUCGAGAUUUCAGUAUUCUGGUAAGACUGAAUAUCAGACCACACAACAGAACCGUGCCCGUCGUACUGUACAGUUUGAGAGAAGGCCAAGCCAGAGGUUUGCACGUAGACAAAGCCAUGUUUUAAGAGAACGUGAGAAACAAAACAGUACGAAAUCUGAAGUAAAUCCGUCAGAAACUAAUGAUGAAACACACAAUAACUCUGCAGAAACUGCUACCAUUUCUCCAGCUUCAGAUGUUGAUGCACUGUCAAGGAAGAGUAGUGCAAAGUCACAAAAAUCGAAUGUUGAACCUGAUCUAUUAGACACCCAAAAUGAUACAAAACUAUCUUCAGUUUCUGAUCAUGUAGCAGAGCCAAAAGAUAGUUUUACAUCGAUAAAUGAGCAGAGUAAGAUUUCAAGGAUUUUAAAAGGAAACAAUGGCUUAAAACUCUCAGAUCUUGAUACUAAGAUAAGUUCUGAAACAACAAAUGGAAAUGUAUCCGGACCUAACUCACCAAAAGUAUUGGCUGAACCAGCUGUCACCAAUCAGACCGGCUCUGCAUAUGUGUCAAUUGUGGUUGUGGAACCGAAUCAACAAGUAGCUAAUAAAAUUUUACCUACAAAGCAAACGGAAAAGAAAGAGGAAAUAACUCCAAAGUUGCAUACAAUGUCGGCACUUUCUCCAUGGUUGGUAAGUUCUGAGCCGAGUUCUCCUUCAGGUAUUGGUGAGAAGGAGAUUACUAUCAUCCAUCGUAAAUCAGUUAUUACAACACAGCUUUAAUUUACAGCAAGAAAGUAGUAAUACUGUCCCAUAAACUAGUAAUUUUUAUUUUGUUUUUGAAAGAGAUUUAUUCGGGUUAAUUUGGAAUAAUUUAUUUCCUUUAUAAAAUGACAAUAUUGAUGUUAUUUAUUUCUUAUUUUAUGUGAUUUUUAUCGAAAUAUAAGUUUUAGUGCCUUAGAUUUAAUGCCUUAUAAGUGUAAGUGUUAAGGUGCUCGCAAUUAUAUAUAGGAAAAUCGUCUGAUAGUAUUUAGCUUAUGAAUUUAAUGACGAUAAUUAUAUGGUAUGAAAAUCAUUUAAAUGUACUUAAUUUUUAUUAUUAUUUAUCAUUCAUUUUAUACAUUUAUAUCACAACUUAAUUUAGAUUUAGAAAAAUAUUUCCUUAAGUGUGUGUUAUAAGCAUAAGUAUUUAGCAUUUUAUUGAAUGCAUUCAAAGGGACCCAAUAUAACAUUCCAUAUUCUGCUCAAGAUCAUGAUGUCUUGCAAUGAAACCGUCCUAUAAUAAAACUAUAGAAUUAUGGAAAUAAACUACAAUUAAAUAAGUACAAUUUAAAAGAUAUCUUUCAGUAUUAUACCCAUCAGUUAAGGUGCCAUAAACAUGUCAAUUUCCUUCAUUGUAAUCAAUACUCAUUGGAUUUUUGAUUUCACCUGAUGGAUUAAAAAAAGUUAAGGAUCUACAACUAUGAACAUAAGGCUGCUAUUUUGUACUUAAACAAUAAUUAUAUGAUAGAUAAAACAACAUUCAUUUAUUAUUAUUCGUGAAGUGGUUUUGAGAUUAUUGUUUAAAAUAUUAACUGUGCUUAAUUCAAUUGAUAACAGAACCUACUUAGACAGUAAAUAUAUUGUCUGAACACUUAAGUGGUCUUGGUCCAGGGAGUCAUAGGUAUCAGGACUACCUGGUUAAUAAAAAGUGUUCCUAACAAGUAUUAAGGUGACUUUCUGUGCUUACUGGAAUACCAUUUUAAACCAAAUUCCAGCAGUCACAAGGAAAAUGCAGUUACAAGUUAAGUUUUACAAUAUGAUCCUGGUGAUCAUAUUAGUGCCCAAAUGAUUGCCAUUUGAAUUUUUUUGAAAUUAAAAUUUUUCGAAGCUUUAUUAAAAGUACUCAACAAAAAGUUACAAUGUAUACAUAAAUCAGCUGUAUUUAAAUGAACAAAAUAAAAUUAUCAGGAAAUAGGUUCAUUCAGUCAUGCAGAAAUACCAUUCUACUUACAAAAAUGUGCUUAAUGCUAUUUAUUUUAGGCACUUUUAGACUUCCUAAACCAUAUGAGAUGUAUCUCUUUCUAAUCUACUUUCCAUGUAAAGUAAUGUAGUAUAGUAUAUAAUAAUCACCACACGUGAAUGGAUGAAUAGAGAUUUAAAUAUUUUAUUAAAUGUUUCCCCGGUGUAGAGUCCAGUUCAUACUUCAUUCUAUUAAAAAAAUGGUUUUUCGUCAAGUGGUUCAAUUGUAAGUUACUGUCGUCGCCGUAAAUCGGUUUUUUAGUUUAUAUGACUAUCUGAUUAAAAUUAGUUUAACAUCUUGAUAGUGGUUAUACAUGUUCAAAUGCAAAGAAAUAGAAGUUUCAGACAUAACCUGGGAUACCUUUACGGUUUUAUGUUGCAUUUAUUUAUUUAAUUUACAAUUAGUUAAUACAAUAAUUAUUAUUAAGUAGGUAGACUUUCUUUUCAAUAAUUUAUUGCCCAACAUUAAUUUAAAUGACAGAUUCUUGAAAGCUUUUCACGUAUUACAAGGAAAGUCUGAUAAAAUUGAUGUGAGUGGCGGCACAUAGCAUGUAUGUUGAUUUUUUCUAUGACGUCAUCAUACAAAUUGGCCUCGGAUAAGAUAUUAUGACGUCAUCAUACAAAUUCAAAUUGGCUUCGUAUAAGAUAUGUUACAAAUGAACAGAGUUAAGUGGUGCAAAAUGUUAACCUCAUGAGUAACUUGUAUUUGAAUCUAUACGUAAGAAUAGACUACCUUCGUAGUACAUGCCGAGGACCGCACGACGGUAACGACUGAUCAAUUAGCCCGUAGGUUGGUCUACCUUCAACGGCCAAAAAAGUUGGCAGGAGCUUUUUUGCCAUCUAAAUUUCAUAUAAUAGGACAUCCUGAGUUUAUAUGCAACAUUGAUUCGAACAAAAAUAAUGCAAUCUAUAUUCAAGUUGGUUAACUUUAGUUUUGUUCAAGAGACCGUACAAAAAAAUUUACGCCUUAAAGACAUACAAUAAAAUUCAAAAUUAAGUUGCUGCUUGAAACAAUCUAUUUAUUUCCGAGUUUAACGGUUUUAAAUAAAAAUUACCGUAUUUAUCAAUAUUGUUGAAGGUAUGAAUGAAUAAUAUCUGUAAUUCCCCCAUUAUCGCUACAAUAUGUUUUAUAAUUCUUAGCUAAGUUAUUAAUAAUUUGUCACUGAGUUUAUCAGCAUACGUGUGUCAUCUUUUUAGACCUUCAAUAAAUAGGGUAAAACAAAUUUUGCACGCGCAUCUUUUCCUUGUUUUGAAAAAAUACGCGUUUUGUAAGUUUCCAACUUUUCAUUUUAUCGACUUAAAAGUGUGUCAGAAAUGAAUUAUAAGUUAAAGUUUAAUUCAUAGUUUGAAUAGCGAUUUUUUUUGGCCUCGUUAAGCGACGAAAAGCUUACUAGGAGGUGAUCUCACCGACUCAUUCGACCGACAUUUAUGAGCCUCAAUGACGUAGACACAUAAGAUAGUACCUAAGUUUUCGAAAAAUAGUUUUGAAGAAAAAAAAGCAACGAAUAUUUUAUGUCUAAAAUGGUUAUUAAAAUAUACAUUUUAAUUAUAUAUGUAUUUUUAUAUUCCUAAUAUAGGUACUUAGGACUACAAAUGUAAACGUAUGUACUUACUCGAUGUAAUUAUUUGUAAUGGAAUUAAGUCGCCUCUAUAUCUGAAUAUAUCUACAGUAUUUUACAUUUUAAGAAAGUAAUAAAUGGUUUUAUCUUCAAA